UAUAUAUUUAGGCAUAUGUUUUACUAUGUUCUCAGUACGCAUCUCUGAAUUAUUUGUUGGGAACAGAACAGAGAGCACAUGAUGGGGGUGUAUUUUCCACACAGGUUCCUGGCCUGCUGUGCGGCUUUUAUUCAAAAAUCACCAUUCCGGAGAGCAAUCUGAUCUGAUCGGCACACGGCAUUUCGCAAGGAGGGCCACCGACAGCACGUAUGUUGGGUUGAGGGCAGUGGGCUUAUAGGGCCAGUUAUGGCUCAUGGAAAAAGGCCAGGAACCAUCUCCAAAAUAUUGGCCUCCAGCCCUCCAUCGUGCCCAGGUCCAGAACUCAUUAAACAGAGCCAAGAGGAGCGGCGGGGUCUGGCGAAAGAGGUGUCCCAACAACCGCAGUGUACCUUGAAGGAUGAUAACAAUGAUCAGCUGACUCCUGCCCCGGAAAACCAGUAUUACAUGAGCUGUGACCCCAGUCCUGAGGACAUGGAGGACACCUGCUCUGAGUACGACAACGUGGGCUCCGAUGUGGAGCAGGACUACGAUGAGGUGCUGCAUCUGAACCGAGAAGGUGUGGUGGACAUGAGGUACUACAAACAGUUGUCUCCUGAGGGUGGGGGUGUUAUUAAGCAUGUCAUAGCUGAUGAUAUCAAUGAGAACACUAGUGAACAGUUCACCCAAAGGUCUCAUCAAGGCACAGAGGUGUGUGAGGGAUCACAAGCAGACAUUAAAGCUCACAAGACAAGCCAUCGCUUUAGAUCGCAAUGUGCCCUGUCCGCUGGGGAUGAAGCAGGUAGAGAAAUUGGAAAAGGUCAGGAGAAUAGGUUCUUCUUCAGUGACGGAGAUGAGAUAGAGGAGGUGCUGGACGGGGCCAAAUUUAUCGAGGAUUUAGAGGAGACUGAGGAGAGCAUUCAGAGACAGACGAUCACUUAUCAGGACAAUGAAAAUGAGAGAGUUAGAAAGGGAGCCGAUGAAAGAGAAAGAGAGGAUGACACUGGAGCUGCCAGAAACCAUAAUAUUCCUGUUAAAAAGUGUGAGCCGCCUCACAAGGCGAGAGAAAAGCUGGGUAGAGGACAGGGGAGGAGGGCAACAGGAGAGAACACGGAACAUGUUGUCUCUGGGAUCAAAGGAUGCUCCUCAAACAGCACAGAACAGCGUCCAAAGACUCUGUCAAAGGACUGCAGAAAAGCCGCCGUGCGCACUAAAGCAAGGCCAAACUCUGGUAAGCAACACCCUCCCGCACCGCCUCGCCAGUCAAGCGCUCAGUCACCUACAGACACCCAGAAGGCCCCACCUCGUAGAGACCCUCCACCCGUCCCCAGACCCUGUCCUGCAUCCUCAAACAGCAAGGAGAGUGACACCAGGGUUAUCAAACCAUCCCUGGCUCCUCUUCACACACAAGAGCAACAGAGGGAGCCACUCGAGGAGAAGCAGAAACGGCCAGAGAAACCCCAGAAGGUGGAAAAGCCGCUGAGUACAGCUGUGAUACCUGAGGAGGUGCCGGAGCAGCCACAGAGGCCUCAGUGUCCAGAGCUUGUCCCUGCAGAGGAGAGCAACACACCUAAGAAAACACAAGAGGCUGCUGCUUUCCCCAGCUUUGAAGAUGUCCCAGGUCCCUGUGAGCCAGAAGAUCUCAUUGAUGGAAUCAUCUUUGCUGCAAACUACCUUGGCUGCACUCAGGUGUUGUCAGAUAAAAAUCCAUCUAAGACUGUCCGCAUGUCCCAGGCCCAUGAAGCUGUCAGUCAUAUCAAGAGCCAGGAUGAGGACUCUCAAAUGAUGACAGAGGUGGAUCUGUUUAUCUCCACAAAAGCUGUCAAAGUGCUGAAUGCAGACUCCCAGGAGACGAUGAUGGACAGCGCCUUGCGGACCAUCUCCUACAUCGCUGACAUCGGCAGCAUUGUGGUUCUGAUGGCACGUAGGCGCAUGUCUCAGGCCUCAUCAGAGGAUUUCUCUGAAUCCGCAGACUCCUCCAGUGAAGGGAAGAAUCAGUACAGGAUGAUCUGUUAUGUCUUUGAGUCAGAGGAUGCACAGCUCAUUGCACAGUCCAUCGGUCAAGCUUUUAGCGUGGCCUACAGAGAGUUCCUGCGAGCCAAUGGCAUCAACCCGACUGACCUGAGCCAGAAACAAUACAGUGACAUCAUCAACUCCCAGGAAAUGUACCACGAUGACCUCGUCCAUUUCUCAAACUCAGACAACUGUAAAGAGCUGUAUGUGGAGAAGCUGAAAGGGGAGAUCCUCGGUGUGGUGAUCGUGGAGUCUGGUUGGGGCUCCAUUCUGCCAACUGUCAUCCUAGCCAGUAUGCUGAACAGCGGCCCUGCAGCUCGCUCUGAACUCAGCGUAGGGGACCAGAUCAUGUCCAUCAAUGACACCAGCCUGGUGGGGCUGCCUCUCGCCACCUGUCAGGGCAUCAUCAAGGGUCUGAAAAAUCAGGUGAAGGUAAAACUGAGUAUUGUGAGCUGCCCUCCUGUCACCACAGUCCUCAUCAAAAGGCCUGAUCUCAAGUUCCAGCUUGGCUUCAGUGUGCAGAAUGGCAUUAUCUGCAGUCUGAUGCGAGGUGGCAUAGCUGAGCGAGGCGGUGUUCGAGUUGGACACAGAAUCAUUGAAAUAAACGGUCAGAGUGUUGUUGCCAUGGCACACGAGAAGAUUGCAACCCUGUCUGUCUCAGUGGGUGAGAUCAACAUGAAGACGAUGCCUGCUGUGAUGUUCAGACUGCUGACAGGACAGGAGACGCCUAUCUACAUCUAGAGACCCUGCAUGGAUCAGCCCACUGUAGUUCUGCAUGUCUGGCUAUGUGGAGGUGUUUGACAGAUGAUGGACAGUUGGCUCAGUGGGGACUAGGAUAAUUUAUUUUUCUAUCAUUUUUUUUUUUGGCCUCUUGUUGCAGUGCUGUCAAGAACAUCCAGUUCUCAUUUUCAGGUUUUAUCUUGAAUUACAUUGUCAUAAUGGCCUUACAAUGUGAAUACUCUGUCUGUAGUACUGUACGUGAGUGUCUGGUGUUGAAGAGAAGUAGCUUUAAGGUCAUGAUUAUUUUCUUAUGAAGAGAUAAAUUAGUACAUUUAUUUUUUAUUUAGUCAUUUUUAUAAUGUGUAUGGAGUUAAAAAAUGUAUCUACUGUAAAUACUUUGGAUUACUCAAGGACUUGGUUGGAAAGGCCAUAUUACUCCUACAGUAUAUGCAUGUUAUUAUGAAGAAUUAUUGACCAGGGAUUAAUUAUCAAUCUGACAUGAUAAUCUAAUCUAUUACAUUAAGUAUUAAAAAGAAGUUAAUAAUAUGCUGUAAAAAGCACUAAACUAUGUGUAUUAUGGGGAUGCUGAAGGCCAAAGACACCUACUUUUCAAAGACAUGCAGUAUGGGGGAUCAUUACCUUUACUGAAGCGUACAGUACAAGAAUGUAUCAAAACACACAUUACUGAAUGAAUGUAAUGUUGUAACACAGUAAGAAUACCAUCUCACAGCUCAAUCCUUGUUUUUUCUUUAUUUUGAGAGAAAAAAUACACACAAGACAUGCAGUACAGGAUAUAGGGUGAAUUAAUAGUAUUAAACAAGCAUUGAUUUUACAUCA